CUCUCUCCCUCACUGCGCUAGCUCUUUCAGAUCAGGAAGCAGAGCAACGUGACGUCACUAGAGUGUCCUUCGCAGAUUCCGAUCCAUGGUGAAGAGCAAGCUCCCCGAAACUCAGAAGUACGGCGUGCCUCUCUACGGAGCCGCUUGGGCUCCCCUCGACCACAUUCAGGCUCGCUUCAAAUCGGACCAGCCACGGGCAGAGCAAGGGGCAGAAGGAGAAGGUAAAGACGGCGAGCGCCCUGGCGACGCGUUCGCCGCCGAUCGCAGCUACCUCGUCCUCGCUGGCGGCGGGGGCGAGGGCAGCAGCGGCAUCCCCAACGCGGUCCUCCUCUCCGAGUUCGACUUUGCAUCCGGUUCUCUCUCCCAGCAGCCUGUCGCUAAGCUUGGCACUGGUUCCGAUUUGCCGUAUAGAAUGGCUGUUCACCCACUAGGAGAUGGUGUCAUUUGCGCAUUACCAAAAGGUUGUAGAUUGUUUGAAUGGGAGGAUCCUGAAAAUGCUGAAGACCAUAAAUUGGGCCUUAAGACGUCAGAGAAAGUGCUCAGGCAGUUAGAAAAUGCCGGACAACAGUUAGCAUUAGUAUUUAGCCAUGAUGGUUCUUUGCUUGCUGCUGGUGGCGAGGAUGGCAAGCUUAUAGUCUUUAAAUGGCCCAGCAUGGACAUCAUUCUCAAUGAGGCCCAGGCUCAUUCUUCUCUGAAAGACCUUGCUUUCAGCCUCGAUGGAAAGUUCCUUGUCUCCUUGGGGAAUUCUGGGCCCUGUCGGGUUUGGGAUCUAACUUCCUCAGUUGCCGUAGCUUCUCUGCCAAAAGAGAAUGGUGAGAGAUUUGGAUUUUGCAGAUUUUCUCAAUGUAGCGAUGGGACGCAGGUUUUGUAUGUCACUGCAUUCACAGGUCGAGGGGAAAGCAUUUUGACAUGGAACACAUCCUCGUGGACGAGGAUUGGCUCCAAGCGUGUGCUUCGUGAUUCAAUUAUUGCAUUUAAUGUUUCAGCAGAUGGAAAACUUCUUGCGGUCGGCACGGAAGAAGGAGACAUCGUUAUCUUAAAUUCAACUAGUAUGAAGAUUCAGACUGUCGUGAAAAAAGCACAUCUUGGUUUUGUAACGGCAUUAGCAUUCUCUCGCGAUUCAAGGGCAAUUAUUUCAGUAUCCAUGGACUCAAGUGCUACAGUGACUCAGGUUCAAGACACGAAUACUGGUGGAGGAUCAAGAUUUUGGCUCAUUAUAUUUAUAGUUCUACUUGCAAUUGCCAUGGAAUUCAUGAGGAGACAGGGUCUUUUCCCCUAGUACAGUCAGUUUUCCUAACUAAGGCGAUAGUUGAUGCGGGAAAAUAAGGAAAGCUAAAUUCACAGAUGAAUUUUAGGGACCUCAGUGUAAUGACUAGUCGGUCUAUAAUAGGUUUCAUCACUGUGAUUUCGUCAAUGUGUGGCCCUUUGAGUUGAUCUAAUGUGCAGUGCAUGUACUUGACCUCGACUCGAUUUUGGACAUCCAUCUAUAGGUAUGAUAAAAGCACGAGAUGGAUUUAUUUCAGUAAGUACAGUCAUGCUACUGUUUAUAGGAUCUAUUGAUCUCCGGAGAACAUAUUAUCUUGAUCAUUGUCGAUAGAUGGAUUACAAAUCUUUAGUCUACCGAAGAUGUACUAUGGUUUGUAAUCAUUAGGUGAAUCUAUGAUCUCUCAGCCAAUGUUCAUGGCAGAUGACUCCACUUCUGUUCUUUAUACACUAAUCCAAGAUGAAUUAUGGACAUUU